UUUACAAAACGCUAGACCCACAUAGCGUAAUGGCAAAAGUAAAUGGAAAAUUCGAGUUUGUCAGCCAAGAAAAUGUUGGUGAUUACUAUAAGGCGGCUGGCUUUCCCGAAGAAAUUGCCAAGGCGUUUGAAGCCGAUGUGAAGCCUAUUGCCGUGUCUGUUAUUGGGGAUAAGAUUACUGUAGCGGUAGGCGACCAACCGCCUCUGGAAUAUACAGAGGGAAAGGAAAUCGGCGUAAAUAAUGCUGAUGCUUCGAUCACAAGUGUCGCGAAAUUAGACGGCGACACUUUGACAAUUUCUUCGAAAUUCGGUAGCAUGUCCGAAGAUAGAGUGUUGAAGUUUUCGGACGAGGAAUUGGUUAUUACUGCUGCAAAUAACGCGGGGGCGACAAGCACGCGUGUUUUCAAAAGGGUUUGAAAAUGCUACCUGUUAAUGAAUAUUAUUAAUCUCUU